CCGAGUCGUCGAGUUGGUGCAAAUUCACAGCAGCAGCACCAGCAGCAGGAGCUGGAGCAGCAAGUCAAUUUCCUGAGAACUGGUGCCCGUGCUAGAAGGACGAAAGGAUCUCAAUCAAUCGAACAAAAUUGUCUCUGGGCCGAAAACGACCGGACAACCAACCAAUUGAUCGACUGACUGACUGACCAACCAACCAACCAACCAAACAUCUAUCCACCCACCCACCUACCUACCUACCUACCUACUUAGUACAUACCCACGAAAGGAAAAACCAUUGACCGUCCGCUGCCCAACAUUCACAGUCAGCUCUCUGCGUUUCCUUAGCCACCUAUUCAGUUGGUAUAUGGAGGUGUUAUCAGCCAGCUAGUUAGCUUGUCUCUCGACUCGGCAGCUAGUCAACUAGCCGGCGACCCCAAUGGUUGGGUUGGAAGCAGGAUUGCCUGCCGGACAAAUGGUUGGAUGAGCGCAUGGGCAAGGGAUGGUUGGUCGGUCAGUUGGUUGGUUGGCUGGUGGCCCGCAUAGGUAGUGGUCGAAAGCGAAGGGAACAUUUGAGUCGUCGCAACAUGGGUCAGUCUCAAGAUAUCGGGUCCAAAAUUCGGUCAAAACACAGUAACCACGAAACAACAGACAGUAACUGUUAGUUCGGUCAAGAACAACUCUGGUCAACAUGGCCCUGGAUUUUGCUGCGGGUUGCAUCGGGGGUGCUGCGGGUAUUUUGACGGGAUAUCCAUUUGACACCAUCAAAGUGCGAAUCCAAACCGGCACUUCAGGUGGAACCUCCUCCACGUUCAAAUGCAUGUCCAAUAUCAUCAGAAAAGAAGGGGCUCUCACCCUCUACAGAGGGAUGGCUUCGCCAUUGGCGGGAGUGGCAGCCAUCAAUGCCGUGGGAUUUGGAGUAUACGGCAAUCUUUUGAGACGAAGUGAAGAUCCAACAUCAAUUCAUUCCGUGACCAUGGCGGGUACGGCAGCCGGAUGCGUGCAGGCGUUUAUUGCCUCUCCAUUUGAGCUGGUAAAGACGCAAAUGCAAGUGGGAAGUGGAAGCAAGAACACGAUUGAAACCAUCCGAUAUAUCCUGGAUCAAGUGGGCGUGAGAGGACUCACAAAAGGGUUGUCAUGGACAAUUACCCGAGAGGUCCCUGGCUGUGCCGUCUACUUUGGCUCCUACGAAGUGAUGAUUCGAGGACGAGAGGACAAUUUCCCCCUCGCCUUUUUCACCGGUGGUCUGGCCGGGAUCUUGUCCUGGAUCGUGACCUAUCCUCAAGAUGUGAUCAAGUCUCGCCUUCAAGCCGAUGGCUUCGGAGCCAAUCGCCAAUGGAAAAACGGUUACCAUUGUUUAGUCACCUCCCUCAGAAAUGAAGGAUACUCGUGUCUGUGGAGAGGCAUUGGCUCCACUGUGAUCAGAGCUUUCCCCGUGAAUGGGGCCACCUUGGCCGUGGUCACGUUGGUGAAGAGGACCAUGAGCGACGACGAUUCGUUUUCCUUCUUCGACUCGUCGUGUCUGUAUACAUCCGAACAUCUCUACGUCAAAUUGCCUCCAGCGGCUCAUACCGUGUUCGGUCCCAACUACCAACAUUUGCGCAACGUGUCCUCUCUGGCGACAGAUGUGGCCCCCGGGAUCAUUCAAGACUACGGACCCGAUCGGAGCACGCUCACUCAGGCCAGAUUUCACAUGGAGUCCUCGCUUUUUUCCCUUGGAGUCCCCACAGAGAAUUUGGUGGAGAAGCCCAUCUUGAUUGGCACAAUGAGGAAUCAUUUCCCGGCCACGGCGUUGUUGCGCCGGCUCAGUUCGACGCUGGCCGCGAUUCAUGGGUUGAACCUGCGGAUUCGCGAGUCUUACCAUACUCUGUUCACCGAGGAGCACGCCCAUUGUCCCGCCAACUGCCACGACGUGAAUUUAGACAUUGACAGCUGUGUCAUGUUGAAAAGCUUGUCACCCCAUGAUCUGGUUCGGGAACCAAGUAUUUUGGUUCGAGAGCGAGGAUUCCACAUCCGACCCAAGCAAAUUACGUCCGCAGAUUUCCUCGACGCUACGGAUCAAGACGCCUCUUCAGACGAGGAUAGAAUAUUGGGUUUCUACUACGUUGUCAGUUAGAAUUGAACGACUCGUAACUUAAUCAUACAGCAUAUUACCAAGUAAAAUUCAUCCUUGCCAAUACAAAAAUACCAAUUUGAAA